GUCUGCCUCCCCAGCUUUAUCCACACUCAUCUGCUCUCAAUCCCUGAUUCCUUAACGAUGGCAAUUGCAGAUUCUUCCGGGACCAUGCGUUUCAUGAUUGAUGAUCGUACCAAUAUAUAUAUAUGGAUAUAUAUCUUUGUUUUUUUGACGAUUUCAGGAUGCGAAUCUUGUCGCCGUUUGGCCGUUCUCGAUUUGUCGUAAGAUUCUCGAUCGAUCAUCGACCUGCUCCCAGCUGCCAUCCGCGCAUGGAGCCGUCUGAUUCGGAAAGAGAUUAUUGGUUUCCUGUUUUUCCACCCGGCGCGAGAUUAAGGCGGAAACCCUCGUCGAGAUCGAUCGGUUCUUGCAGAGUGUUCGAUCGAUUGAUCUGCCUUUAUCAUCCUCUUCUUCCCCGUGACGACGCGGGAUUCCAGCAUGUGAAAGCCAUGGACGACGCUAGCUGGUGGCGACAUCUUGUCCAGUCUUGGCAGUGGCAUCUUUCGCACCUCUCGAAGAUUCCUGGAUUUGGCGAUCGGGAUUGAGAUAUGGGUCAUGGAGGCUCGAGCUCCGCGCCGCGCUGGCAAUGGUAGUAACGCCAAAAUGCUUUCUUGGCGGUACGGAUUCCCGAUUAGCUAGGGUUCUCGAGCGCCUCCUCGCGCGUCUUCAAUGGAACAGUUUCCCCAAUCUUGAUUUCUUGGUUAAACCCUAGUCAAUUUCUUCUUCCAUGAGUUCCUCGGAUUCCAGUCCGGAACUGGAGCGACCGUUGCUUGCGAAUGAGGCGGAGUACGAUGGCUUCUCCGGCGCCGGGAUUUGGAGCCGCCUCACCUUCGGAUGGCUGAGUCCUCUCUUCGAAAAGGGGCGAGCCGAAAGGCUCGAGCUUUCGCACGUGCCGAGCGUUCCUCGAUCGGAAUCGGCCAAAGCUUCCUUCUGCCUUCUGCAGGAAUCCCUGCGCAAGCGCAAGGCCGAAUCGUCGUCGUUCCAGAGAGCGAUCGUCCACUCUGUUCGGAGGUGCUUGGCGCUGAAUGCGAUCUUCGCCGGGCUCAACACGCUCUCUUCCUACCUCGGUCCUUUUCUCAUCUCCGGCUUGGUGGACUUCAUCUCCGACAGAGAUUCCGGCGGCGUGCGCCGCCGCAGAGGAUACAUCCUCGCUUGCCUCUUCUUCGCCGCCAAGACGGUGGAAUCCCUGACUCAGCGGCAGUGGUACUUCGGCGCCCGCCAAAUCGGCGUCCGAGUCCGAGCAGCCCUCAUGGUGGCGAUCUACAACAAGUCUCUUCUGAUCAAGUGCUCCGGAACAAGCACCGGAAAGAUCAUAAACUUCCUCGACGUCGACGUCGAACGAGUCGCCGACUUCUUCUGGCACAUCCACGGCAUUUGGUUGCUUCCCGUCCAGGUCUCUCUGGCCCUGCUCAUCCUCUACGUGAACCUCGGCUUAGCGGCGGCCUUCUCUGCGCUCGUCGCGACCAUCGUGGUCAUGGCGAGCAACACGCCGCUGGCCAAUUUACAGGAGCGACUGCACUCCAAAAUCAUGGAAGCGAAGGACUCGAGGAUCAAGGCCACAGCCGAGACGCUAAAAUGCAUGAGGAUCUUGAAGCUCCAUUCAUGGGAAACAGCUUUCCUGGACAAGCUGCUCCUCCUCAGAGAGGAGGAGAGGAGCUGGCUCAAGAGGUAUCUCUACACAUGCUCUGCGAUCGCCUUCCUGUUCUGGGCCUCUCCGACUCUCGUCUCCGUCGUCGCCUUCGGCGUAUGCAUCCUGGUCGGCACCCCGUUGACCGCCGGCGCGGCUCUCUCCGCCUUAGCCACGUUCAGAAUCCUGCAAGAGCCCAUCUACAACCUCCCGGAGCUCGUCGCCAUGAUCACGCAGACGAAAGUCUCCGUCAACAGGAUCCAGGACUUCUUAAAGGAAGAGGAACAGACGCAAUUCUGGCCAAGCAAGAACACCGAAGCAUCGAGCCACGUCGCUUUGGAAAUCGAACCCGGCGAAUACAACUGGGAAGCGAACUCGAACUCGAACUCGAAGAAGCCCACCCUCAAAAUCGACAAGAGGAUUCAGGCGAUGAGAGGCGAGAAGGUCGCGGUGUGCGGCACGGUUGGCUCCGGCAAGUCAAGCUUCCUCUGCAGUAUCAUCGGAGAGAUUCCGAGAGUCACCGGCGGAAGAAUCACCGUCUUCGGCACGCGGGCCUACGUCCCCCAAAGUGCUUGGAUUCAGUCAGGCACUGUUCAAGAAAAUGUGCUCUUCGGGAAGGAGAUGGACAGGAGAUGGUACCAACAAGUGCUGGAGUCCUGUGCCCUGAACAUGGACAUCGGAACCUGGGCCGACGGCGACUCCACCCUCGUAGGAGAAAGGGGCAUUAACUUGAGCGGAGGCCAAAAGCAAAGGAUCCAACUGGCCAGAGCCGUCUACAACAAUUCAGACGUCUAUUUGCUGGAUGAUCCCUUCAGCGCGGUCGACGCACACACAGGGACACACCUCUUCAAGGAAUGCUUGAUGAGGCUGCUUUCCAGCAAGACUGUCGUUUACGUCACGCAUCAGCUGGAGUUUUUAGCUCCGGCAGAUCUUAUUCUGGUACUGAGAGAUGGAAAGGUGGUGCAAUCUGGAAAGUACCAAGAGCUGAUGGAGGAGACCGACGGGGAGCUUGUGCAGCAAAUGGCCGCCCACAACGAGUCACUGAGCCAAGUCCGUCCGUCCGACGAGAAUGGUUUAUCCGUAAGCGUGAGCCAUAAACUGAAGAAGAAGAAGCAGCAGCAGCAGCUCAGAGAAGUGAAACAUUACGCCGACAGUGGAAUUUCCGAACUCAUUGAGAGAUCGCAGGAAGAGGAAAGGGAGUUUGGGAGGGUGAAGUGGCACGUCUAUCGCACCUUCGUGACUUCGGCUUACAGAGGAGCUCUUGUUCCUCUGCUGCUGCUCUGCCAGGUCCUCUUCCAGGCUCUUCAGAUGGGCAGCAACUACUGGAUCGCCUGGGCGACCGAAAAGGACGGCCGAGUUAGCAGAGAAACGAUACUCGGGGGCUUCGUCAUCCUCUCUGCCGGCAGCUCGGUGUUCGUAUUAGGAAGGGCGGUUCUGCUCGCCACCAUCGCCAUUGAAACGGCUCAACGCCUGUUUCUCGGAAUGAUCACCAACAUCGUGAGAGCACCCAUGUCCUUCUUCGACGCAACACCUUCGAGUCGAAUUCUUAACAGGUCUUCCACAGAUCAGAGCACCGUCGACACCGAUAUUCCUUACAGACUCGCAGGACUGGUCUUUGCUCUGGUUCAGCUGCUGUGCAUCAUCGUGUUAAUGUCCCAAGUGGCCUGGCCGGUGUUCAUCCUCUUUGUCAUCGCCGUAGCAGUCUCCAUCUGGUAUCAGAACUACUACAUCAGCUCUGCUAGAGAGCUAGCUCGAAUGGUAGGAAUCCGGAAAGCUCCCAUCCUCCACCAUUUCUCCGAGUCUCUUUCGGGUGCCGCCACGAUCCGUUGCUUCAAUCAGGAAGGACGCUUCUCGAAGAAGAACCUGGCCUUGAUCGAUGACUACUCGCGAAUCACGUUUCACAACUAUGGAACCAUGGAAUGGCUCUCGGUGAGGGUGAACUUCCUGUUCAACCUCGUGUUCUUCGCAGUGAUAACCAUCCUGGUCUCCAUGCCCCGAGACUCCAUUGAUCCAAGCUUGGCAGGGCUCGCUGCAACGUACGGUUUGAAUCUAAACGUGCUGCAGGCUUGGGUCAUCUGGAACCUCUGCAACGUCGAGAACAAGAUGAUCUCGGUGGAGAGGAUACUGCAGUUCUCGGCGGUGCCUAGCGAGGCACCUCUCGUGAUCGAGCAUUCGAGACCAGAGCAGGAUUGGCCGACGUCUGGAACCAUCGAGCUCGACGGCCUCCACGUUCGUUACAACGCCGGUCUUCCGAUGGUCCUGAAGGGGAUCAGUUGCACCUUCCCCGGAGGGAAAAGAAUUGGAGUGGUAGGCAGGACGGGAAGUGGCAAGUCGACGCUGAUCCAAGCUCUGUUCCGAGUGGUAGAGCCAUCGUUAGGAAGGAUCGUGAUCGAUGGCGUCGACAUAAGUCGAAUUGGUCUACAGGACUUGAGGUCGAGGCUGAGCAUCAUACCCCAGGAGCCAACUCUUUUCCAUGGAACUGUGAGGACGAACUUGGAUCCCCUGCGGCGACAUCUGGACUUGGAAAUCUGGGAGGCACUCAACAAAUGUCGGCUCGGAGAGGUCGUGAAGCAAGAUCAGAGACUGCUCGAGGCACCAGUGGCGGAAGACGGCGAGAACUGGAGCGUCGGCCAGCGGCAGAUGGUUUGCCUCGCGAGGGUGCUGCUGGACCGGAGGAGGAUCCUCGUCUUGGACGAGGCCACAGCUUCGGUGGACACGGCGACGGACAAGUUCAUUCAGAAGACUCUCAGGGAAGAGACCGGCGAGUGCACGGUGAUCACGGUGGCGCAUCGAAUUCCGACCGUGAUCGACAGCGACCUUGUUCUGGUGCUCGACGAAGGUGCGCGCUCGCUUGCGGCAACUCGCUUAGUCAGACGGCUGCAUGCCGCCGCUUUCUUUCUAUCUGUUGUCCCUUGUUUGUGUCGCGCAGGGAAGGUGUUCGAGUUUAGUUCGCCGAGAGAUCUCCUGAAGGAUGAUUCGUCGGCGUUUUCCAAAUUGGUGAUGGAGUUCCUGGGAAGAUCCAAGAGCGGUAACCAUGACUUCGAUCUUGAAUGAAUCAAGAAACUGCAUCGAUCGAAUCUAACGAAGACGCAACAGCAUCAGCGGAAGCAAUGCCAUCAGUGAACCUACUCUGCAAGAUGUACAGCAACAGAGGAGAAGCCUGAGACGUAGAAGAAGAUUGAACUCCGAGCACUUCAACGCAGUCUUUUUUUUUUUUUAGUUUUUAUUUUUGUCAUCCAUUUUGUAUUAGGAAUGUUGGAGAAGAAUCAUUAUUUCUUAUCGAUUGGUGAGCUUUUAACGUGCA